AUGACGUUACACAGUGACGUGACGUUACACAGUCCCGUGCCGCAUAACAGCGUUUCGGUCAACGACGGGCCGCAUCUACUCCAUAAGCUUACAAUGGAGUCGGAAAAUUCCUAUCAUCUGGUGACGACUGCGUGGGUCCAUUCAUUCAGCAGUUACUACCCGAGCGCCUCCAAGGAGCCAGUAUCUGCUCAUGGAGCUGGAGAUAAUAAGCCUCUGGGUAUACAGGAUGCUAAUGGCAUACAGAAAACUCAUCUUUUUCUAAAUUCGAGUUUUCGAAAAAUAACUUCGGACAGGCUGGAUGAUUGCCUGCAGCAGUACGUCCACAAGUUUGAACGGGAGAAAAUAAAUGGAGAGCAGCUGCUACAGAUUUCCCAUCAGGACCUCGAGGAGCUCGGUGUCACACGAAUUGGACACCAGGAACUCGUGUUGGAGGCUGUCGACCUUCUCUGUGCACUGAAUUAUGGCCUUGAAACUGAUAACAUGAAGAACUUGGUUCUGAAACUGCGAGCGUCUUCCCACAACUUACAGAAUUACAUAAGCAGCCGGCGGAAAAGUCCAGCGUAUGACGGGACCACGUCCCACAAGCCGCCCAAUGAGUUCCUGACUUCCGUGGUGGAGCUCAUAGGCGCUGCCAAGGCCUUGCUGUCUUGGCUGGACCGGGCUCCAUUUACAGGGAUCACCGAUUUCUCAGUAACAAAGAACAAAAUCAUCCAACUUUGCUUGGACCUGACCACUACAGUCCAGAAGGAUUGCCUUGUAGCAGAAAUGGAAGAUAAAGUUCUAACUGUAGUCAAGGUUUUAAAUGGCAUCUGUGACAAAACAAUUCGCUCUACCACGGAUCCUGUUAUGAGCCAGUGUGCGUGUCUGGAGGAAGUUCACUUACCAAACAUUAAACCUGGGGAAGGCCUGGGCAUGUACAUCAAAUCGACCUAUGAUGGAUUGCACGUGAUUACUGGAACCACAGAGAAUUCUCCUGCAGACAGAUCUCAGAAGAUCCACGCUGGUGACGAAGUCAUUCAGGUCAAUCAGCAGACUGUGGUGGGAUGGCAGCUAAAGAAUCUGGUGAGAAAACUGAGAGAGAACCCCACGGGCGUUGUGCUACUGCUGAAGAAGCGCCCCACGGGCUCUUUCAACUUCACUCCUGCUCCCUUGAAGAACCUGCGCUGGAAGCCACCCCUCGUGCAGACCUCACCUCCACCCACGACAACCCAGUCCCCCGAAAGCACCAUGGAUACCUCGCUGAAGAAGGAGAAGCCAGCCAUCCUAGAUCUUUAUAUUCCUCCCCCGCCGGCUGUUCCCUACUCUCCCCGGGAUGAGAACGGGAGUUUUGUGUAUGGAGGAUUCAGUAAGUGUAAACAACCAUUGCCUGGUCCCAAGGGUUCGGAGUCCCCAAAUUCCUUCUUGGACCAGGAAAGUAGAAGACGGAGAUUCACCAUUGCCGACUCUGAUCAGUUGCCUGGGUAUUCGGUGGAAACCAAUAUUCCGCCCACAAAAAUGAGACAGAAAACACCAUCUUACGGCAAGCCCCGGCCCUUGUCCAUGCCUGCGGAUGGGAGCUGGAUGGGGAUCGUGGACCCUUUUGCCAGACCUCGAGGUCAUGGGAAGAAAGGUGAGGAUGCUCUUUGCCGGUAUUUCAGUAACGAACGGAUCCCUCCCAUCAUCGAAGAAAACUCCUCUCCGCCGUAUCGGUUCUCAAGGCCCACGACCGAGCGGCAGCUGGUCCGGGGCGCGGACUACAUCCGGGGGAGCAGGUGCUACAUCAAUUCGGACCUGCACAGCAGCGCCACGAUUCCAUUCCAGGAGGAAGGGACCAAAAAGAAACCCGUCUCGGUGGGGGCCAAGUCCUCGUCUACAGAACCGUCCCUGCUGGUCAGCUGGUUUACUCGCCUGAAACUGUUGACUCACUGAGCCCUGUCUUCGCGGACUCCUCACUGUCUCCUGCUCCCAAGUGCCUUGCUUCCCGCGUGGACGACCUGUUCUGGUUCUCUUCAUCCACAGUAUUAUGUAGAGACAUUAAGCAAAUUCUUAAAAAAAAAAUUUUUUUUUUUUUGAAAACUGUACGCCGUCCUUUUUGGAAAUUUGAAGUAAUUGGGUGAGACCAAAUCCAGAAGGUCUUAGGCGCUGGCUUGCGGAGGCAGAGGAAAGAAAUGAGUAGAGAGUCUGCCCUUUGUUCUUCUUUAGAGUUGGGACCUGGAGACACUCUGCAAACCAGAGCCUCUGCCAGAAAUGUCAGUCAUUGGGAGGAACUGGGGCAUUGUUCAUUUUGGGGGCGGGAUCACAUUGGUGGCCAUUGUCACACAGAUGUGUUGGUUUGUGGUCCAACUUCUUCGCCUGAAAAAGCCAGUGGAGAAACAUUUUUGUUUUGAUUUUUUUUUUUUAAGCGACAUCCCACAUUUGUAAGUGUAGUAUCUUUGACUUUGAAAUCACAAGUGUCUGCCUUUUUCAGAGCACAGAUGUAAGUGUAGGCCUGUUACACUUGGUUGACCCCCUUUCCCUAACAAUCUCAGUAUAGGUCAGUUAAUACAGAAACCCACAAACACAGUGACAUAGGGCUUAUUACACACAAAGACGUUUAUGGUUCCGAGGGGUGGUGUUGUUGUUGUUAUAUAUUAUUGUCUUUAAAGGAAAAGAAGCUAUAAGAUUUGCUGACAGCCAAAGUAUCAUUCAGAAAAGUGAAACAAGACAGGUUUAUGAGAGAGACGUCAGUUUGCACGUUGACCUGUUCAGUGCCUAACUUCCAGGAAAAAAUGGACAGUUCUUCAAAAUUGUACACGUUUUGCUAAUUAGAACCAUCUUGGAAAGUCUCACGGUCACAAUUUUUCAACUAGCAUCAGGUAUUUUUGGAAAAGUAUGUCUGGAUAUUAACUCUUGUUUAAACUGAAUGUAUGAUAUUUUGUUAGAAUGGAAAAGUACUAUCUUGUUAAUUUAAGUGUUUUAAAAUACAGUUGUAUAUUUUUCUUACUCUUAGUCACAUGUAAUUGAAAUAUUUCUGUUUCGCGUCAUACACGAAGCUAAUGAAAAAGAGUGUUCAAAGUAUUUUCAGAUUUACAAGUGACCACCAUGGCUGCCACCACCAUGGGUGCUAUUGCUAAAAAAGAAAAAUAAUAAACCUUCCCAAGCAUUUUGGGAUUUUAUGGAUUAGAAA